AUGUACACUUCAGUCCUCCUCUCGGCCAUGGCCAUGGCCGGCCUUGCUGUCGCAGGGCCCGUUCAGGUCGCAGAGCGCCAGACGGCCAAGCUUAAAAUUAUGCCUCUUGGAGACAGCAUCACUGAGAUUACGUGCUGGCGCGCGUUUGUGUGGGACCAGCUGGCCGACGCCAAGCUCGCCGACCAGGUGCAGUACGUCGGGUCGCAGAACAGCAACCCGCAGAACUGCAAGCCCACGACGGCCAACUGGGACCAACACCACGAGGGCCACUCGGGCUGGCUCGCCAUCGACAUUGCCAACAGCUACCUGACGGGCUGGUUGCAAAAGACCCCGGCCGACAUUGUCAUGUUCAUGCUGGGCACCAACGACGUCUUCCGCGGCCACAGCACCACCGAGAUCAUUGCCGCCUACACCAAGAUGGUCAACAUCAUCCGCGCGUCCAACCCCAAGACCAAGAUCAUCGUCGACCUCGUCAUCCCCCUCGGCACCGGCUCGACCUCGGGCAUCACCAGCCUCAACGCGGCCAUUCCGGCGUGGGUCAAGGGCCUCAACUCGACCGACUCGCCAAUCGUCAUUGCCGACUGCAGCCAGGGGUUCCCGACGUCGGACCUGCGCGACGGCGUCCACCCCAACAUUGCCGGCGACCGCAUCAUCGCGUCGCGCGUGGGGCCCCUGCUGCUCAACUACGUGCGGCAGUCUCUAGGCAAGACCGCCUAA